AUGAGCGAAUUGGAUCACGGGGCAUCGCAGGUGCUCCGGAAGACUUUCGCUUGCGACGAGUGCAAGCGACGCAAAGUCCGCUGUUCCGGUGAUGAGAAUUGCUCCAAUUGCCUCCGAGACGCCAAAGCAUGCCAGUACACCUCUCCAUCCCAAAGGCUUUGGUCGCUUCAGAGACGUCUUCAGGAAUCUGAGCGCAUCCGAAAGGACAUCGAGAACGCUUGGAAAGUAUAUCUUCCCUCGGUUGACUUGCAAGAAGCCGUGCGCAACACGCGGGAAAGCCCACACGGCAUAGCUACAAGCACAAAAAGGAAGCGCAAAUUGAGUAAUGAAGUAGAGCAUCCUACUGAACAGACCUCGACAGCCAUAACAGAGCACAGCAAUGCGGAAGACUACGAGUUCGACGAGUCGCAAGACUUCGAUAAUUCAAUUGACGGCAUGGGAUUUCUGACCGUCGAUCCGCACAAAGCAGGAUAUACCGGACCUCAGUCCGGUAUUGCUGCCUUGAAGUUUCUGCAGUCACUUCCACUCUACCUGCCAUUAAAUAGUAUCAAUACCCCUUCGUCCCUAGAUGAGGACGCUCUGCCGGCUGCAUCUCAGCCGACGGAAGCAGUCCAUGGGUACAUUGAUGAGUACUUUUCCCUGUAUCACCCGGCUUACCCCAUUCUUCAUGAAGGCACAUUCCGUGCUCGAGUAUCGGGUGCUCUUGCAAAGCCAAGGGAUGGGUCUUGGCCCUUGUUAUAUAAUGCCGUCCUUGCGAUCGGCGCUUUUGCAGGUGACUCGAAUGCGACGAAAUGUGACAUUCCAUUCUACCAAGAGGCGCGUCGCCAUUUGACCAUGGACGUCCUCGAAAAGGGGUCAUUGAGCUAUGUACAAGCCAUUACUCUGUUGGCUAAUUACCUCCAAAAGCGCAACAAACCAAACGCGGGGUUUAUACUGAUUGGCAUCGGCUUUAGCAUGGCCCUCGCUAUAGGGCUGCAUCGAGAGUUUGCCAUGCCAAGUACGUCACCGUUUACGAUGGAGAUUCGGCGACGGGUGUGGUGGACGCUGUUCGUUUUUGUUUCCGGAGCACAGUUGACACUGGGAAGACCGGCCGUGUCUUUAGUUGGCGUGAACAUCAGACUGCCAGCGAAUUUGGAUGAUCAUGACCUUGCCGUGGAUAUGGACGAAUUGCCAGACUCGAGAUCAGACGCGACGAUUACUUCUUCUCUGAUCGCUCAAGUCAAACUUGCCAAGAUCGCCAACGCCGUCCAGGUAGAGCUUCUAACGCACUACCGGCCGACAUACGAGAAGGCCAUGAAUCUCGACCAGAGCAUCGCGCAUUGGUGGAGGGAUUUACCACCAUACCUUGAUCCAGAUGUGUCCUUGAAACCGCAUCUCGACUUGGCAAAAAGAGUGCUCUUGUGGAGAGCGUUCCAUCUGCGUAUUGUCCUGAAUCGUCCAUUCUUAUUCGAGGCUGUAGCCACAAGGUCGGAUAUCAACACAAGUACAGGGCCGAUCAAGUCGUGUCUGGAUGCCGCAGACGAAUGCGUUCUCUCCAUUUGUGGAUUCUUCAACUCUACCGAAAAAAGAAAUAGGGGGAUAGCCUGGUACGCCACAUACUGGUUGAUCACAGCAAGCUUUGUCCAGGCAACGUGCUACAUAUACUGUCCCUCGCACCCGCUAGCCCCAAGCUGGAAGAGCCAUUUACAGCAGGCUGUUAGCUGUCUGGGGAGCCUUGGAGGCUCGCACGACAUGGCGCUUCGUGCUCAAAAUAUCCUACAAAAGCUCCUGGAGCAAGGCUACGAACAACCCAUGGGCGAAGGAUCGGAAGAAAGCUUGAGGUCUCUCACGUUAGCGCCAGCCUCGGCGCCACCGACAAACGCAAUAUACAACCCCUUGUCAAUGGGAUUAGAAGAUAGUCUAACAUGGUAUCCACAGGGUUCAUCCAAUGCGGAGCUCCUAGAUGCGGCGGGUGGCUUCAUGAUCCAGAACAUCUUUGAAGGAUCGGAAGAUUAUACAGGACCUCCGUGGAUGCCCCUUUGACUGACUGAUCGAUAUAGGCUAUUUACGCUGAGGACCCAUGCUAUUCAAGGAAUUGAAGUUCUAGUCUUUCACACGACAUUUUCCAGCUGCGUUUCUCUAGACCCAAGCUCAAAUAUCACAGCGCGUUAGACGGAAAAUCCUCGGACAAGUUGAUAACGGAAUAUAUUGAAAGAAAAAGAUCUCGAUCUACUGAAUCAAGCAGACUAUGAACUCCGCCCCCAUAAUCAAAAUGUGCCACCAUUACUUUGGGUCUACGUCUAAUCUACAUGCUCCACGCUAGGCGAGUCUCCAGUCUUCAAAGUGCCCCCAUACUGGGAUUGCUUCGCGUUGCGCUGAACCUCUUCGUCUUCGUGUUCGAUGAACCUGAGAGGACGCUUUGUUGAAGUGGCAUCCGGGUCACCGACCACGAUCAGGGGCGGAUUAGAACGAUAAUAGGCAUCAACGUCUUCCAG